AUGUCGCAGGACUCUCAGGGACAGAAGACUAAAUGGGGGAUGGGAAAUUUCUUUCAACAGGCCGUGGCAGGUGUUGAGUCGCGAUUGGAUAAUAUAUUGAUGGAUGAGGAAGAGAGAGCAAAGAGUGAACAAUCAAAGCCUAAAGAAGGCGAAACUGUCGCACCGCAGCCGCCAGUUUCACGAUCUCCUGCUGGCUCAAUUUCGCGCAGCUCUUCCAAUGCACGCAGAAAUGACCGACUCCAAGAGCGCCUAGCACGAGCUAUGGUAAAGAACACUGCGGCCCGAAACUCUCAAUCAUCGCCGAGUGGAUUGUCUUCACCGAAUGCAAGCCCUCGGCCGAGCACAGAUGGACGUCCAAGCUUGGAAAUCGACGCAAGUAUUGCCUCUUCCGCUGAUGUCGCUGAGGGGCCCAAAAGCUCUUCGAUCGCAGAAGAGUCAGCCAUCAGGGUUAGCUCUGAAGUAGAGCCAUCUACACGCGAUUCCAUAGAUGGCAGUGCUGCGGAGACUCUACCGGAGCCUUCUGGCGAUAACGGGGGGCGCCCUUCGAUUUCAGACAUCACCGAAGAAAAACCCGCGAUUGUGGACGAGGCCGAAGUUCCCAGCAAUCGUGCAUCUGUGGAAAGUCCACGUCCCAGUAUAGAUGCCCUAUCGGAGAUACGCGCCAGCGAUGGUACACCCGAGUCCCAGAGACAAGAAGAAAUCCAUGGCUAUAUCGAACGCAUUGAUGCAUUACAGUCAAAGCUGAAAUACUUGGCCAAGGAAGCGGCCCAAUCAGCUAAGAAUGCGGCUGCGUCCGCUUCACCUGGCAGUGUCGAAAAACAACUUCUGGAAAAGGAUGAGAAGAUUGCCUUGCUUCUAGAAGAGGGGCAAAAGCUUUCCAAGUCCGAAAUGGACCACCGAACUGCCGUCAGGAAGUUGCGUCAGCAGCUGGCCGACAACACCAAGGCUCAGACGGAAAGUAAGAAAAAGACCGAGAAGAUGGAGAGGGACCUGGCUAGUUCAGAAGCGAGGGCGAAACGAGCUGAGAUCGCCGAAAAGCGAGCUAAUGAAUCGCUAUCGUCGCAAACCAAAGUGGUCAAGGACCUCGAAGCUGUUACGAACGAACGCAAUGCCCUCAGUCAAACCGUGCAAGAAAUGAAAGCACAACUGAGCCGUGCUGUUUCCCGCGCGGAAACGGCCGAGUCUAAGGCUCAGUCAGAUGCUUUGGAGCAGGAAAGACGCCGAGCCAACGACCUCGAGGAGGAACUUUCGACUAUCAAAAUCGAGCGGGACAUCAGCGAGGAGAAGACGAAAAAGGAAAUUAGCAGCUUGAAAGAAAAGGCAGAGCAGGAGAAGGAGCGUGCCCGUAUGCUUGAAGCUGAGCUGAAGGGCGAGCAAUCUGUUUUGGAAAGCAAGAUGGAGAGCCUCCGCUCACGCGCAGAAGAGGCCUCAUCUGGUGCGACAGGAGAGACCCAAGCCAAACUCCUACGACAAAUAGAGACACUCCAGACCCAAUAUUCUGUCGCUAGUGAAAACUGGCACACUCUCGAGGGAUCCCUCCUUGCUCGACUCUCUAGUGUGGAGAAAGAACGCGAUGAUGUGUCACGGAGAGAAGCUGACCUUCGAAAGAAGAUUCGGGAGCUAAACCUAAAGACUAAGAAGCUGGAGGAAGAUGUGGAAACGGCCAAAGAGAGCGAAAACGACCUUGAGAGCAAACUAGACGAGCGCAUGGAGGAGUUGCAGAAAUUGCAACAAAAGCUGGAGAAAACAGCCGAUGAUCUUUCAUCUAGCCAAAAAGAACUCUCCGAGCAAAAGAAGGUUUCAGACGCGACAUGGGCACAAAAGUUGGAGGAAGAACGUGCCAGAUGGCGAGAACAGGUCAACAGUUUGCAACAGCCUCGAGGCAUCUCGCCCGUUCCAUCUACGCGGCGCUCAAGCAAUCUUGAUGCAGUGCCAUCUGGACUGCUAGACUACCGUCCAGCCAGCCGACGCUCUUCAACAAUCCCAUCCGCUGCCUCUCCAGAUAUCGGCACUCCCCCGCGCCAAAACUCCUACCCAGCCUCAAUCAACCAGGGCGUCCUUUCCCCUCCGCUAAUCAACACCUCACUGAACACACCAUCCAUGAUCAUGGAGGCGCCCGCAAUCCACUUCGAGCCCGAUGAGUUCUUUACCGGCGACCCUGCCACCCCAUCCGCAUACGGAGGCACACAAGCCGCCACAUCGCGUGGUAUCAACGACAUAAUAUCCGAGUCCACCGUGGGCGCCGGCCCAUCCGUUCAAUUAGUAGAACGUAUGAGCGCAACGGUCCGCCGAUUGGAAAGUGAGCGCGCCGGGUCCAAGGACGAGCUUCUGCGUGUCACCACUCAACGUGAUGAAGCCCGGCAGCAGGUCGUUGACCUUAUGCGCGAGCUUGAAGAGAAGCAAACCUCCGAUACCCGGGUCGAAGAACUUGAGGGCAAGCUUGCUGAAAUCGACCAGCGGUACCUGACCACUCUUGAGAUGCUCGGCGAAAAGAGCGAGCAGGUCGAGGAGCUUCAGGCUGAUAUCUCUGAUCUGAAGAAGAUUUAUCGCGAGCUGGUUGAUAGUACUAUGAAAUAG